AUGUAUAGGCCAAGUAGUGCGCCUAAUAACCUGACAGCGCUUUGUGCAAGUGUACGUGCUUAUGCUCAGAUCGUGCACGUUAAGGACGAUCAUUGCGCAGUGAAGACGGCGGACAUUUCUCCGGCACUACCAGACCGUCCACCAGAGUGGACUGAAGAGUCGCGGUACGACGGCCUUGAAGCCGCGGUUUGGUCCCUCGGGAUACUUCUCUUUGAUAUGGUGUGUGGUGACAUUCCGUUCCGUAACGUUUCGGAGAUUUGUACCGGACGUCUGCAAUGGCGUAAUCAACUUUCCGAAGAAUGCAAAGAUUUGAUUAGAAAAUGUCUAUCACAUAAGAGCAGCAACCGACCAAAGUUAGAGGAACUUCUGCAGCACCCAUGGAUGCAGGUUCCACACGGAGUGAACGGUCCUUCAACUAAUAACAAUACCAUUGCAAUCACGUUGUCUACAAACUCAGCGGCAGUAUUUGGACGAGCCACACUGGAGCGAGUUCCACAUCCAGAGGUUCCGCCGUUUACCACAAACCCCAGGUUUCUUACCGGCGGGUCGAUUGGUUCGCCAAGUCGAAGCAAUCCCUUUCAACCGCGUCAGUCGACUUCCGUGACAACUGGACCAGGACACGCUCGUUCGAUGCGCACCGCGUCUGCCCCUUGA